AUGCUCGACGCGGGCAACGGACAGAAAGCGACGUGGGGUGCAGCAGAACAACUGCUGGCCAGGCGUCGGGCCGGGCUGCUGCGGCGCGCCCGCCGUGCCGAGUCGCGCGUGCGAUGCGGAGCGGUCCCCGCCGCCCGCGCCGCCACCCGCUCCGCCUGUGCUUUGCGCAGACCCUGUUGCCGAGAACCUACCUACCUGGCACCCCCACCACGCACACCCCUGCCGGGGUCCCCUUUCCCCCGUCAUUCCAUCCCCAAGCCACAACCCUCGAAGAUGCGUGCGCGCCGCCUCGCCUCGUAUACGGCAAACGAACGCUAUGUGCUGUAUCUGAAAAUGAUUCGUGUGAUCGUCGAUGAUUAUUUA